CGCACUUCUGGAAAGUCUGCCGGGAGUUGUAUCCAAAAUGGCUGCCGCGAUGGAUGUUGACACACCAAGCGGGACCAACAGCAACGCCGGCAAAAAGCGUUUCGAAGUGAAAAAGUGGAAUGCAGUUGCACUCUGGGCUUGGGACAUCGUGGUUGAUAACUGUGCCAUUUGCAGAAACCACAUUAUGGAUCUGUGCAUAGAAUGUCAAGCUAACCAAGCAUCAGCUACCUCUGAAGAAUGCACUGUUGCAUGGGGUGUCUGUAAUCACGCUUUUCAUUUUCAUUGUAUUUCUCGCUGGCUUAAGACUCGGCAGGUUUGCCCCUUGGACAAUCGAGAAUGGGAAUUCCAGAAGUAUGGACACUAGCAAGACAGAAGAUUAGCAAGUUUACUCUGUUCUAAGUCUAUCCCACAUCCAGUUUUCCCAUGCACCUUUCCCAUGGAUUGUUCCUGUGACUUGUUUAUUUCACCAUAAUAUAAUUCUGUGAAUAUUAAUAAACCCUGAUGGCUGUCUGA